AUGAAACAAAAGAAGACGGCGGCAAACCUGUUGGUAGUAAAGCAACGACCUGAUGAGUCCAUAUGGGACUACAUCACUCAUUUCAAUGGUGAGUCAUUGGAGAUAAAGGACCUAGAUGAUGGCAUGACCUUUAAUUUCUUACACAAUGGGGUCACAAAUCAUGACCUGGUCCGGUCUCUAGCCCUAGAACCAAUGUAUAGCAUGAUUGAGCUAUUGGAUCGGUGCUAUCAGUACGCGAACAUGUUUGACAUCAUGAAGGCCCAGAAGGCGGCUGAUGACAAGGGAACAGAGAAGAAGAGAGCGAGUGACAAGGAAGAAAAGGAGGGUGAGAAUAGGCAAAAAUCUGAUCAGUACCUGAACCGAGAUUGUAGCCCUGAUUACGCCCCACUAACCACCUCCCAAACUAACAUCCUCAUGGAAGUCCAUGAUCAAGGACUCUUACAAUGGCCAAGACCAAUGUUCUCAAAGCCCGAAGAUAGAAAUAAGAAGAAAUACUACAAGUUCCAUAAAGACGUCAAACACGACACCGAAGACUGCCGACAACUAAAAUGGGAGAUAGAAUAUGUGAUCUAG